UGCGUGGACUUUGUUUCAGGAAGGAGGCCUGAUCUACUCGACUCAACAACCACCCGACCUCAUUCCGAUUCCGAUUCCGAUUCCGAUUCAUCUCCUUCGCCUCAUUUCCUCCUGCUUCAAAUCGACUGUUGAAAUCUGAGUGUGAUCCCCUCGUUGGCAGAAAUACAUGUUGAUUAAAUUGGAAAUUUUAUGGAAUUAGAUCAGUGAUUUUGCAUUAAAUGUAGGGUGCUUCAAGCUCAAGUCUACUUCUCAACAACACAAUAUGCCUUGACUAUCCAUCAACUUGUGCCAUCGUCAUGGACCUGGUCAAUGGAGCUAAUGGUAUCAACAACAGCCCUAGUCUGGCCUCUAAACAACGACUUCGUUGGACUCAUGAGCUCCAUGAACGAUUUGUUGAUGCUGUGGCACAACUGGGUGGCCCAGAUAGGGCUACUCCAAAAGGUGUCCUUAGAGUUAUGGGUGUUCAAGGUCUAACAAUUUAUCAUGUAAAGAGUCAUUUGCAGAAAUAUCGGCUUGCAAAGUAUCUCCCGGACUCCUCUUCUGAAGGAAAAACAUUCAACCAGAAGGAAUCAAGUGAUAUGAUUUCCAGUUUGGAUGGCUCUUCUGGAAUGCAAAUCACAGAAGCACUAAAACUGCAGAUGGAGGUGCAAAAGCGACUGCAUGAGCAAUUGGAGGUGCAAAGACAACUUCAGCUAAGGAUAGAAGCCCAAGGGAAGUACCUGAAGAAGAUAAUUGAAGAGCAACAGAGACUUGGUGGGGUGCUUUCAGAAGUGCCUGGCCCAGAAUCUGAUAAUAAAACCGACUCUGCGGCCCCAGGUCCUACUUUUGAGUCACCUCUCCUGGACAAGCCUGAGAAGGAACGGGCCUCAGGCAAGAGCAUUUCUGUAGACGAAUCAUUCUCCUCUAGACAUGAACCAUUAACACCAGACUCGGGGUGUCACUUGGGGUCGCCAAUUGAGAGUCCAAGAGGUGAGAGGUCAAUGAAGAAACGACGAGUGAGCAUGGAUACAACAUGCUCCAAACCAGCAUUGAGCCUAACUCACCAGAUACUGGAGUCAAGCUUUAGGCCGCCAUACCAGCAACAAUCAGAACAGUUUGGUAGUUCAUCUGGGAUGUCAAUUGACAAUGAAGAUUAAUGGCAACAAUGCUUCAGGUAGCGAAUAGUGAUUAGUCAUUUUAAGGCGUACUGCAAUCAACAUCUGUCAGUACCAACUAAGCGUGUAUGUGCAGCUCCUAGAAAUAUAUGUACUUCAUCAUGUCAAAAGGUUUGUCAGUUGUGAUCAGAAAAAGUCGUAAUUAGUUUUGAGAAAUCUGAGACAAAUGAAACAACAUUGAAGACAUUCUCAAUUCCCAUAUUUUGUUCCUGUGGC